CAACUUUCACCCACAGCUCAUCACUCAAAAUUGUUCUAUAUAUUCACCACACAAAUUCACUCAACUUUCUUCACCUCUCAUCAAGGUUGGAUAGAGAUAUACAAUUUUAGAGUUGUUCUUAAAUCUUAACCAUGAACCAUGCACAAUUCUAUGAUCAUGCAAAGGUUGAUCAAGUCGUGAUCAACAACAAUAGCAACAACAACAACAAUAAUGUCUAUUCUCCUUUGAAGAUCAAUAAGGCAUCUCAUUUCAUCAAGAAAUCAUCAUCAAAUUCAUUAUCAUCUUCUUCCUCUUCGUCCUCCCUGUAUAACGGGGUAGCGCCCACCACCCCUACCACCAUCCCACAUCAGCAGCCACGUCAUCCGGUCAUCAUCUACACGCAUUCUCCAAAAGUCAUCCACACGCAUCCACGCGACUUCAUGGCAUUGGUCCAAAAACUCACCGGCCUCUCUCCUGAGGACGACCACUCAUCGCCUUCUCAUCCUGCUCGACCGAUACCUCAACAUCCCAAAUCCGAGCCAAUAAACGAGGAGGAGGACCUCACCUGUGAUCCAGAAAGCUGUCUUGGAGAUAUCCUCCGAUCUGAUCAAGAAAAUAUUUAUCAUAAUAACAUUACAAAUAAUAUUAAUAAUAAAUGUGAGAUUUUGGCAAAUGAUGACAAUGAGUCCACUUCGGUUGUCACGGAUGAAAGUAACGGUAGCUUCAGUGUAGGAGAUAAUUCGUCAGCUUCUUGUUAUGCUCCGCCUCCUCCAAUUUUUGACCUAGCUAAUAUUAAUGAUAAUAAAGAUAUAAAUAGUGGUAUUAGUAAUUAUAAUUACAAUAAUAAUCUUAGUGAUCCUCCAGGUUUCUUUGAUAGUAAUCUAGCACCUUUUGAUCCUAGUCCAAUUACUAAUUCUCCAGAUUUGUUUUUCUCAGAUCAGCAAUUUUGUAACUACACGGAUUCUUUGUUUUUUAUGCCUAGUAUGAGAAACUCCUUUUCUUCUUCCUCAUCAGAAAGUAUUAAGGAGCUUCCAGAUUUUUGAAGUCCAGCUUAGGAUAUUUUAUAUGAGAAGUAGGACUUCUUAUUAUUAUUAUUUUUUAGUGAGAAUUUUCUGAUUUAAUUUUCCAAAUUUUUUGCUUCAGUUGAGAAAUUUUUUUUGCUUAUUUUUCCUUGGCGGAGGAGUCUAGAUGAGUGCAGAAUUGUUUCAAAUAAUGAGAUAUCAUAUAGAAAAAGGAAUGGUUAUUUUUCCGUUUUGUAGUUGAUAGUGUCAUUUGCUUUGCAGAAAUUAAUAAGAUUAC